CUUCGCGUUCACGUGUACGACCAUUCGGGGGGUGUCGUGAGCCCUUGCACUAGCAUCCAAAAGGAGCCUAACAAAUUCUUGCGCAUCUUGUCGUGCAUCCGCGCUGAGGGUGACUCCGCUGAAGACGACUUCGUCGUGGAGCUCCCUAUAGAAAUCCCUCAAGAUCCUACAGUCCACGAACCUCUACCACGGCCGAUCGGAAAAAUACGUGUCAAGGACCACUACUACGAUAUCUUGGAAAUUAUUUUUUCCAGACAGGGUCUUGUGGGUCGCGGCACCGUUUGCUAUCUGGCCAGGAAGGACGGGGAGGAGUUUAUUAUCAAGGAUUACUGGGCCAUGGGGGGAGAUGAAGAAGCCUUGAAUGAGAUCCACAUGAUGGAGAAGAUGAGCGGUGUCCGCGGUGUCCCCAAGCUUGUCGAAUAUUGGCUUGUCGAGUCCGAGCCCAACAAGGUUGAUCAAACGCAGAAUUAUCGGUUCAAGUCCGUGCGAAGCCUGAAAGGCACAUUCCGUACUCAUGUUCGCGUUGUCUUGAAGCCCCGCGCGCGACCUUUGCAUAAAUUCCGCACAAAGUUAGAGUUGUUGACGUCGAUACGAGAUAUUGUGCAG